GUUUACUCAGAACGGUUGCUUGUUUGAGAAAGGGGUGAAGCCGCCAACGCAAACCGACCGAAACACUUCGAUCUAUUGUAUAGCGCUAAUAAAAUACCAACAAACGGUCGAGCGUCUGCAAUUGUUUCGCGAUCCUUGGCGGGGAUUUUUUGUUCCGCUCGUUUCAGCCCAAUAUUCCCGAUAAUGAUUACCGGUGACAUAUUUAUAAUUAAAUUUGUGAUUUAGUGCUUUUCUUGAAAGGUUAUGUGAUUUUUGUUAAUUUUGCAUGCGCGAUCAGUCCUGUUUGAGGAAUGUACCGGACGUGUCAUUAUUAAAAAGGCCCACAAACCACAGCGCGCGAAAAUCAAAUGCCAAUGUGAAAACAAAUUAGCCGCUACUGUGUUGUGUCUGUGAAUUGGUGUUACUUAUUAGAGAAUCGAUCUAUUCACAAUCCCGGAACGAACCGCAAGCUUUCGGCCAUGGCAGGUGUUGUAAAUCGAUCAUUUAUUGGCGAUCAAGAUGGGACCGCUACUGGCAUAGCCUCACCACUGGGGGUCGCCGGCAAUGGACUGCCAGUGGCGGUGGUGGAGACCACCUCGAACGAAACCAGUUCCGGAUCCGGCGAGCGAGAAAAAUGGGACAAAGGUGUGGAGUUUCUGCUGUCCUGCAUUGCCAUGUCGGUGGGACUGGGCAAUGUGUGGAAAUUCCCCUCGACGGCGUUCAAAAACGGUGGCGGAGCUUUCGUGAUCCCCUACCUGAUUGUGCUGCUCAUCGUGGGACGGCCAAUCUACUACCUGGAGAUGGUGAUGGGUCAAUUCUCCAGCCGGGGAAGUGUGAAAGUGUACGACGUCUCGCCGAUUAUGAGAGGAAUCGGCAUCGGCCAAAUGAUCGCCAUGUCCAUCGUGAUUUCGUACUACGCCGCCACGAUCGCCGUAGCGAUCCGGUACUUCUUUGCAUCGUUCGCCAGCGAACUCCCGUGGGCCAAAUGUGAUCCCUCGUGGACCGAUGUAAACUGUAUCGACUCGAUUAGCAUGACAAGCAAAUCGAGCUUCAUCAACUCGACACUUCCAGUAGAAACUUCCGCCGAACUGUACUACACCCGCUCGGUAACGGGGGAGGCGUAUCUGGUUGGAAACGAGAUAGGACUACCGGACUGGCGUCUGGGGCUUUGCUUACUGUUCAUCUGGGUCUGCAUGACCUUCAUGUUGAUCAAGGGUAUCAGAGGUUCCGGAAAGAUUUCCUACUUCCUAGCACUGUUUCCGUACGUGAUUAUGGUGUUCUUUGCUGUGUACUGUUUCUCGUUGGAGGGAGCUAUGGAUGGCUUGCUGUACUUCAUCAAACCAGACUGGCAGCAACUGCUGAACCCAACGGUGUGGAAAGAGGCCGUUUCACAGUGUUUCUUCUCCCUGUCAAUUUGCUUUGGAGGUGUGAUCGCCUAUUCGUCGUUCAACAAUUUUUCCAACAACAUCUACCGGGAUGCGUUGAUCAUAUCCUGGUUGGACACGUUUACCUCCCUGCUCGCCGGAGCGAUUGUAUUUGCAAUCAUCGGUCACCUAGGAGUGAUUACCAAUGAGACAGAUUACACGAAGGUGGUCUACCCGGGAAGUGGUCUCACGUUCAUCACGUAUCCGGAUGCGCUGGCUAAAUUCCAGCAUGUACCAAAUUUGUUUUCGCUGCUGUUCUUCUUCAUGCUCUUUGUGCUGGGAAUUGGAAGUAACACAGGAAUCAUCACCAGCGUUAUAACGGCUAUUCGGGAUGAGUUUCCGGGUCUGAAAAAUUGGAAAAUCGUUUUGGUGAUUAGCGUGUUUGGUUUUUCUUCAGGAUUGUUGUUCAUCACACCGGCGGCCUCACGCAUCAUCGAUUAUUUUGAUUUCUAUGGAGUGACGUACGUUACACUGACACUGGCCGUAGCCGAACUUGCCUGUUUCUGCUGGAUUUACGGCGUUCGAAGAAUUUGUCAUGACAUCGAGUUUAUGCUCGGCAGUAAAACCAAUAUUCUGUGGCGCGUGUGCUGGAAGUACAUCACACCAACUGUUAUUACCGUUAUAUUGGUGGUGACUUUCAUUACUGGCAAAGAACCGGAAGGUUUCUCCUUCGGAUAUCAUGUUCUAGGAUGGCUGCUUUACACCGUUUCAAUAGCCCCGCUACCAAUUAUGGCCAUUUGGGCUGUGACAUCUCAACCGAAGGGCAGCAUUAAGCAAAGGAUAGUAGCUGCAAGCCGCCCGCUGGCCGAUUGGGGCCCGGAAAACAUUUCGCUGAAGAAGAAAUAUGACGAUUUUACUGAAGACCACCAGCGAUUUGGUUCACGGAACGUUUUUCAGCGGGUUUUGUUCGGUCGAGAGAAGGUUUAUUCCGUUAAUAUUUAGAUGAAAUGCUUUCGUUUUACAGUAGAUUUAGGACAACAUUCAUUUGCUUAAUAGUGAUGAUUUCAUUCACUUGUGAUUUUACCUCUAACUUAUUGUAAUGUUUUACCAACGAAUAGACGAUAUUUUCGCGAGUCAGUCAGUAUUAGAAUUUUACUUGCGCUAAUCAUAAGCUUGGAUAGGUUCAUCGUUUAUUGUUCAGCUAGUUCGUUCGCUCUAGGUUAGAGGAAUUACAUAUCUUACCCAAUCAGACCUUUCAACCCAUUGCCCCAGCCAUGACUGAAAUAGUUCUCACCCACUACUGCGGAAGAUUGAAGGGCUAGAUAGACGAACACGCGUGAGCAGUAGGUACAAUCAGCACUAUCAUAGUCAAGAUCAUGAAAGUCAUUACCAUACAAGCUUACGUUUGCUGACUAGUAAUAGGUGGAAUGAUCGGACAUAAGGGUGUAUCUGCGGAAAAUGAUCUAAGCAUUAUUUAGCUGCAUGUUUUAAUUGAUAUUUUCCUCUAGGUUGAUGAUUUUUGUUUAGUCGAUAUGUAAGUUUAUUUCCUAAGAGAUGACCUCUGAAUAAAGCUUUGUUAAUAAUAAACGCAACUGACAAUGA